UGUGCGUACGGCUGAAUGUGACAGGCCAGCGCGCCAAAUUGAUAGGCAAACAAAGGGAAGGCAGAAGAAAAUACGACUCGUUUAACAUAGAAAUAAACUGUAAAACAUCGUAGAGACCCUUUAGACUAGUAUAUACUUUACCGGAUUAACGUUCUCAGACCAAGUUGUCAGGAUGGGUUUGCUCGAGCGGUGCGAGGAGCUGUUCAAGUCCUCCAACCUGUACGAGGUGCUGGGCAUCAACAAGGAGGCACGCGAGAAGGAGAUUCGCAGGAGCUACUACAAAGUGUCGCUGAAAGUCCACCCGGAUCGGGCUCCUGAAGACCCGCUGGCCACGGAGAAAUUUCAGGUGUUGGGGAAGCUGUACGCUGUGCUGAGCGAUACGGAGCAGAGAGCUGUUUACGAUGAGCAGGGGGUGGUCGAUGAAGAGUCUGACGCCCUGAGUCAAGACCGCUGCUGGGAAGAUUACUGGAGACUGCUCUUCCCCAAGAUUACAGUACAGGACAUCCUCGAGUUUGAGAAUAAAUACAAGGGCUCUGAUGAGGAGCGGAAGGAUGUGAUCCAGCUGUAUGUGCAGCACCAGGGAAACAUGGACGUCAUCACAGCCUCGGCCAUGUGCUGCUCUCAGGAGGAUGAGCCCCGGCUCUGCGGCAUCAUCCAGGCGGCCAUCGAUAGCGAAGAAGUCCAAUCGUUUCCAGCAUUCACGAAGGAGAGUGAUAAGAAGAAGAAGGCUCGUAGGAAGAGGGCUAAUAAGGAACGACAGGAAGCAGAAGAAAUGCAGAAAGAGAUGGGCCUCGGCGAUGAGGAUGACAGUCUUGUGAUGAUGCUUCAGCAAAAACAGAAGUCCAGAGAGCAGAAUUUCAACAGUUUCCUGUCUGACCUUGAAACAAAAUACUCCAAAAAAAGUGAGCCCCAAAAAGGAAAGAAAUCAAAAAAGUGAAAAGCAGGCAGCUGUGGUUAUUGUAGAGAGUAUUAAGAUAAAAAGCAGCAGUCUAUAAUACACCCUUUUAUAUUAAUAAGUGUCCAAGUGCAUGUCUGAUCGGCUGCUGUUGAGCGGUUCCCGUCUUGUCCUUUAUCUAGCCUUUCUAUGUUGUAAUUCAAAUUUAAAGUGACCCUUAUCAAAAUGUAAAUGCAACCUUAAUUUCUUGUCAUGUUUGUCAAAAUCUUCAUAAAACACAAAUAAAUUCAUAUUUAUAUACA